AUGUGCUGAGUAAAAGAACUUUGAGAAGAGUACAGUGAAUGGAGAAACAGAGUAGAAAAUUACACUUACAAGCGAAGAGUGCUGCUGGCAGUACAAUACCUCUUCUGUGCGAUCUGCUCAGUUCUGAGUUUUACAGCGGCACUAGUUUUGGAUGCCAAAGCAGAAGAUGAAGAGGAUUGGAGGUGGUAUUCUAUGAUUUCUCUCGUUGUGGCAGACCUUAUUAUUAUGACUGUCAUGCUACUUUAUACGACUAUAUUGCAUCGACGUUUUAAAAAUGGGCUUAAGAUAUUGAGUUAUUAUUCAAAUGUGGUUAUAUCAGCUGUGUGGAUAGGGGUACUGGCGUAUUCAUGGGAAGAUUUCUUUGCGACUGACGAAAGAGGAGCUAAAGGGAAAAAAAUUUUUUUGUUGAUUUAUUUAAUUCACACACCAAGAGUUUUGAUUACUUCCUGUAUUAUCGUAUUUUAUCUCGUCUUUUCUCCUUGAAUCCUUCGCAGAAUUUUGAAGAAGAGGAGACAAAGAAUAAGAAUAAUGGAGCUGAUCAGGAGAAGCAGAAGCGAAGAUAGUUUAGAUGGAAUUUUACCUGAAGACCCAAAUGAUGCUCCCAAAACAAUCUUCUUCCAUUGAUUAUCAGAGUCCAAGAUCAAGAUAUCAAUAUCGAUGUUGAGCCAAGAGGAGACCCAAUUUGGAGAAGACGCAGCUUCUUGGAAUUUCUCAUGGAUCAUGGGCUUUUCCCAAAUAUUGAAGAAGAACUACAAUAGACUAAGAAGGUAUAUAUAUGAAGAUUUGAGACAAGAAUUGGAUUAUGAAGAGUGCUCAAUAUGAAUUGAAUCCUUCUCUGAAACACCUCACGAGCUCCUGAUAGCUCUUCCAUGCAACUUCCAAGAAGACAAUAACCAAGAUAACAUUCAUGCUUUCCAUGAAAGUUGUAUCCUAGAAUGGCUCAGAAACCAGAGAGAGUGUCCUCUGUGUCGUAGCAGAAUUACAAAAGAUGACAUCUUAAGAUACAACCCUGAAGAGGAAAUCAGAAAUGAUCAAUAA